UCAUAUGUUAUGUGACGUAACUUAACUGACAUAUGUUUUGCACAUUAUUUUAUAUUUAAAUAAAAGUCUCAAAAUUAAAGUAGAUUUUUUAUUUAUUUAUCUAUUAAAAUGGCUUUGCGGCAAGCAUUUUCAACAAUAUUAAAAAUUUCACCACGUUAUGUUACUCCAAAAGUAAAUAUCCAUUCUACUGCUUUGCUAUGCAAAGUAGAAGAUCGCAAAGAAAUGCUUGCCUCUAUGCCAACAAGAGAUGAGGGAACUGUCGGCGAAAGAUCAAUUGAUAUUGAUACUUUAAUGAGCAAGAAAGAUAAAUUCUUUCCCGAUGCUUCAACAGCCUCACAAUUGUUCAAUGGAAUUCCCUUCAAUGAACUUCCAGUAUGUAAUGUCCGAGUUUCUAAGAACAAUACCAUUAUAUCAUUUACUGACUACAAAGGUGUGAUAAGACUAAUACGAUCCUGCGGUAUCGAGGGAUUCAAGAAUACCAGAAAAGGAACAAACAUUGCAGCUCAAGCAACUGCCAUUACAAUUGGAUCGAAAGCCGUUGAGCUUGGCUGGAAGACGAUACGAGUCAAGGUUCGUGGUCUUGGACCCGGACGUAUGUCUGCUAUAAAAGGCCUUCAAAUGAGUGGACUCAAUAUAGUAUCGAUAACCGAUAACACUUUCGUAUCCUGGAGUCCUCCUCGACCACCAAAACAAAGGAAAUUGUAAACCCAAGAAAACAAACCAAAAAAUAAAUUAAUUUUUUUUUGAAAUAUCAAAUUUA